AUGGAUUGGGUUAGAGCAGCAGUCCCGGAUCGGCUCAAGAAGGUCGGACCGAAGACGGCGGUCAGUCUUCGCAAGGACGAAGAUAUCAAGCUCAAAGUUUCCGCGCAAGCUUGGAAACCGAGGAGAGCUGCGACCGAAAGUGCCGACGAAGUUCUCUUCAGGAAGUUCAGGAGCAUCCUCAACAAGUUGACACCAGAGAAAUUUGAGGCUCUCUUGACUCAGGUGAAGGCGUUAGAGAUAAAAUCUCAAAAACAGCUCUCGCACAUCACCUGUCUCGUCUUGGACAAGGCGCUGGACGAAACGCAUUUCGCGUGCACCUACGCGCAGCUGUGCAACACCCUUCUCAGGGAGUUUUCUGUGGCGAGUGAAGGGGAUCCGAAGAAGCGAGUCAACUUCCGACAGCUCCUGCUGCAGAAAUGUCAGGCGGAGUUCGAGAAGGAUACCGCCGCUAGCAAAGAGCAGGAGAACGAGCUCCAAAGGGGCCGCAAAGCUCAACUUGCGGCCUGCAAACCGAAACGGGAGCGGAAGGAGCUCCAGGAGCUCUCCGACGAGGCAGAUCAGAAGACGAAGAGACGCUCUCUCGGUCUCAUGACAUUCAUCGGGCAGCUCUACAAUCUAGGCGUUCUCAGCUACGCCAUCAUGCAUGAGUGCUUCCUGAAGCUGCUGAGAACGCCCGAUGACGAGGCUUCCGUCGUUUGUGCAUGCAAGCUGUUUACGACGGUGGGCAAAAAGGUCUCCUCGGAGGGCAAAGAAGGAGGUCGAGAAGCCGCCAAAACUGAAAAAAAAUUCAGCAUGCUACUCCACAGGCUCAGGAACCUGAUCUCGUUGAAUAAAAGAGCGCGUAAAUCCCACGCGAAACAUCUGCCGCAGAGGAUAAUCUUCAUGAUGGAAGACGUCUGUGAGCUCGAGAAAAAUUGCUGGGUGCCGAGGAUCAGAAUACAGGCCCCGAAAACAUUGGGAGAAAUCAAAGAAGAAGCUGAUCGUGAGAAGCACGUAACUCGACUCCAACCGGAUCUCGACAGCGAGAAGAGAUCCUGCAACCCGAAAGCAAUCGGUGAACCCCGCCCCGGACAAAGACCGACAGCCACCAAGAAGAACAGGGUCACCUACAGCCUGAUCAAAGACGAAUUCCAUUCGAUCACGCUGCCACGAUCAGCUUUCCCCUCCGCUCCACAGACUACGCCGCGGAAAUGGACUUCUGGAGUCCGCGGUUGA